CUCAGUUCCCAAAACAACUUCUGCAGAUUUUACUGGGUUUGGGUAAGCAUGUGGAGAACCCUAGCCAAACAAGCUGCUUCUUCUUCUUCUUCAACAAAGACCAAGCUUUUCUCUCUCUCUCCAUUCAGCUCUGCUUUGAAACUUGCUCAAGAAUCGAGCUUUCUGGGGAAAAGCAGGCAUUUUGAGGCUCGCGUCGUCUGCAGAAAUCAUGGGUCUUCGUUAAUGGGUUUAGGCCAGGUUGGUGGUGCAUCGUCCCAGGAAGACGGAUUGGGCAGACCCAGUUUGCUGAAUCCGAGUUACCCUCGUGGGUUUGGGAGAUGGUAUGCUACUUCUGCCGAGGCCAUUGCUUCCACGGAUGAGGAAUCUGGGUCUGAAGAGAUUCAGGAAAUACUGGAGGAUUUGGUGAGGGAGAACAAGGUGGAGUCGCAUUUGAGGCAGCCCAAGAGGUUGGUUAAUGGAAUGGGAGCAGGAAAGUAUGGCAUUCUGAGAAAGAGGCAGUUAAAAAUUGAGACUGAGGCUUGGGAAGAUGCGGCCAAAGAGUACCAGGAGCUUUUGGCUGAUAUGUGUGAGCAGAAGCUGGCGCCCAAUUUGCCUUAUGUGAAGUCAUUGUUUCUGGGGUGGUUUGAGCCAUUGAGGGAUGCCAUUGCCGCCGAGCCCGCCACUUGGGCCGGUAAGAGGGUGCAUAUCAGACCCAGCCAUGCUCCAUUCUUCGAACUGUUGCCGCCCGAUAAGAUGGCUGUUAUUACAAUGCAUAAGUUGAUGGGGCUGUUGAUGACCAACAGUGGUGGAGUUGGGUCUGUCAAGGUGGUUCAAGCUGCUUGUGCAAUUGGUGAAGCUCUUGAGAAUGAGGUUAAGAUACACAGAUUUUUGGAGAAGACAAAGAAGAAGAGCAUUGCUAUUAAGAAACCUGAAGCUGAAUCUGAUAUUGUGACCAAUGAACAAGAGAAACUUAUCAACGAACAGGAGCAAGAGAAACUAACCAAAGAACAGGAGCUAGAAAAACUAACCAAAGAACAAAGACUGAGGAAAAAGGUUACAAAGUUGCUAAAAAUGCAGAAGCUUCAGCGAGUAAAGGAAAUUGUGAAGGAACAAGACGGCUUAAAGCCAUGGGGUCAAGAAGCUCAUGUUAAGGUCGGCUGUCGAUUGAUUCAGUUAAUGAUGGAAACAGCUUAUAUUCAACCCGCACUUGAUCAAUUAGGAGAUACUCCGCCUGAUAUUCGCCCGGCAUUCAUGCAUACUCUUAAGACUAUAACUAAAGAGGCACAGAAGACCAACAGGAGAUAUGGUGUUAUUGAAUGCGACCCAUUAGUUCGCAAAGGGAUGGAGAAAACAGCAAGGCACAUGGUCAUUCCUUAUAUGCCAAUGUUGGUGCCUCCACUUAACUGGACAGGGUAUGAUAAAGGAGCAUAUUUAUUCUUACCAUCCUAUGUUAUGCGAACUCAUGGAGCGAAACAACAGCGCCAAGUUGUUAAAUCAACUCCUAGGAAGCAAUUAGAACCUGUUUACGAGGCCCUGGAUACUCUUGGAAAUACCAAAUGGAGGAUAAACAGAAGGGUACUUGGUGUAGUGGACAGGAUAUGGGCUAGUGGAGGCUGUCUUGCUGAUUUGGUUGACCGUGAAGAUGUUCCUUUGCCUGAAGAACCAGACACAGAAGAUGAGGCAGAAAUGAGAAAAUGGAAAUGGAAAGUUAAAGCUGUGAAAAAGAAGAAUAGUGAGAGGCACUCACAGCGUUGUGAUACAGAACUUAAACUUUCUGUAGCUCGAAAGAUGAAGGACGAGGAAGGCUUCUACUAUCCGCACAAUCUUGAUUUCCGUGGUCGUGCCUACCCCAUGCACCCAUAUCUAAACCAUCUUGGUUCCGAUAUGUGCAGAGGCAUCCUGGAGUUUGCAGAGGGACGUCGUCUUGGAAAAUCUGGCUUACGCUGGUUGAAGAUACAUCUGGCAAAUUUAUAUGCUGGUGGAGUUGACAAGCUCUCCUAUGAUGAUCGAGUAGCAUUUACGGAAAACCAUGUAGAUGAAAUUUUUGAUUGCGCAGACAGACCUCUUGAAGGAAGGCGUUGGUGGUUGGGUGCGGAAGAUCCUUUCCAAUGCUUGGCAGCAUGCAUUAAUCUCACUGAAGCAUUGAGAAGCCCCUCACCGGAGACUACCAUUUCUCAUAUGCCUGUUCACCAGGAUGGUUCAUGUAAUGGUUUACAACACUAUGCUGCCCUCGGAAGGGACAAGCUUGGAGCAGCUGCUGUAAAUCUUGUUGGGGGAGAGAAACCUGCUGAUGUUUACUCAGGAAUUGCUGCCAGGGUACUCAAUAUAAUGCGCACAGAUGCAGAGAAAGAUCCAGCCAGUAGUCCAAAUUCAUUGCACGCUAGGCUUUUAAUUAAUGAGGUCAAUCGUAAAUUGGUGAAGCAGACAGUAAUGACCUCCGUAUAUGGUGUUACUUAUAUUGGUGCACGCGAUCAAAUUAAGAAGAGAUUAAAGGAGCGCGGUACCAUAGCAGAUGACGUGAUGCUGUUUGCCGCAUCUUGCUAUGCUGCUAGAACCACCUUGACUGCCCUAGGAGAGAUGUUUGAAGCUGCAAGAAGUAUUAUGAGUUGGCUUGGUGAAUGUGCGAAGGUGAUAGCUGCAGAGAAUCAUCCGGUUCGAUGGACCACACCCCUUGGACUUCCUGUUGUACAACCAUACCGCCAAUUAGGAAGGCAUCUUAUUAAGACUUCCCUUCAGGUGCUGACAUUACAGAGAGAAACCGACAAGGUCAUGGUUAAACGGCAGAGGACAGCCUUUCCCCCCAAUUUUGUCCACUCCCUGGAUGGAUCCCACAUGAUGAUGACUGCUCUUGCCUGCAAGAAGGCAGGCUUAAAUUUUGCAGGAGUACAUGAUUCAUAUUGGACGCAUGCAAGUGACGUCGACGAAAUGAAUAGGAUACUGAGAGAAAAGUUUGUUGAACUCUACGAGAGACCAAUACUGGAGAAUUUGUUGGAGAGCUUUCAAAAGUCUUUCCCCACCAUUAAUUUUCCUCCCUUACCGGAUCGCGGAGACUUUGAUCUCAGACAGGUUCUCAGAUCUACUUAUUUCUUCAACUAGUAUGAGCCAGAUGAUUGCUUGCAGUGCCCUGUCUACUUGUUUCAAUUCCCUAUGUCAUCCAAUCAAGGUGAUGCAAUUUAACUUUUACUCUCAUUCAUGGACACAAGUUUGGUCAUGAUGAGUUUUGAACCCUGUCAAGGAGAGAUGGUUCAGAAGAAGAAAAAAGAGCUUGAUGGUUCAGGAGAGCUGAAAACCAUUUCCUGCUCGUAUCCUUGUACAUAUCUAGAUACAGUAGCUGGAAAUAACUCACAGGACUUGGCUGUCUUCUGCAUCCGCUAUUUGUAAGGAUUCAAAAUAAGAUGGUCAACAGCCUGCAGCAUUUGUUGAAAGAACAGCUCCGUUGGUGUAAUUCAGAGCACGUUAAAUGAUCAACCUUCAACCUUGUCAGAAUGCUGGUGAGUUGAUCAAACAGAUGGGCAACCGAUGGUAUAUGUACGCUAGGGAGAUUUCUAUUUCAACGAAGUUGGUUAGUGUAGGUUGGGUGGGUUUAUGAUUAUUAUUGGCUUGCAUGCAUAGAUGGUCAACACAAUUGUUGUCAGAGUGUUUUUUGUUAGGAUCUGUACAUUAAUCUUUUGUAUUCAUUUAUAGGUAAGUGUAAAAUAAGUCCCUGUACCGAUUCUUGUUUGUUCGGAUACUUCAUAUAAAGUGAACAUUGCACAGUUUACCUAGAAGUACCACCACUGAUCUUUGGUCUGCGGUCUAAUAUUCUGACAAAUGUGUUCCAUUGAGAAAACAGAGCUGAAGAUGACAAGCAGAUGCGACUGGGAACAUGAAUGACUAUUUUUUGUUUUCAUUCUUUUAAGUUUGUAUAGAAAAUAUGUUAAACGCUAUGCUCCGAUGUUUAAAUUUCCAUUUCUAAUAUCAUUAUAGAAGUUUCUCACAGUUUUCGGUC